AGAAGAAGAAAGAUGCUGCCGGUAAAGCUGGUACGCUCUCUCGUCUUCGGCGAACCCAUCACCACCACUACCACCACCACCAACUCCUCCGACGACGACGACGCCAAUUGCAAUGUCGUAUUAAUCCCCAAACCCCGACGAACCCCGCUCCUCCUCUUCCUCCCUACCAGAGAGCUCGUCACCGACACCUACCGCCUCGCCUCCAUCGCCCGCGACGUCGGCUUCGACCUCCACCCUACUUCUUCUCUCUCCCACAUCAUCCUCACCCUCCCACCCCAUCCGCCGCCGCUGGCGUUAUCCCCCUCGACCGCCUCGUUUCCCUCCACGUGGUCGUCCACGUCGCUGUCCUCAACCUCCUCGCUACCGGAGGACACCAUCCCACUCCCGUUUCCUUCCCUGAUCGGAGCUCCGGUGCCGCGCCUCCGCGCCUUCGUCAAGCUCUCCCGGGGACUCUUCAAGCUGGUUUUCGCUCCGGCGGAGCUAUUUUCCGGCGGCGGCGCGGCUGAGAGCCACCACUGGGACUGCUGCUCGGCGGCGCUGUUCUCGCGGCUUGCCGGAGAUAGAAUCGGCACCAUGGAGGGGUUCUCGAGGGCGCUGGCCGGAGCUGGGUGGAGUCUUUUCAAGACUAAGGUGAGCGCAUUGUCAGAAUCCGGUGAUCGGAGAGGUUGCGGCGGUGGGAAGUCGGUGUAUUUGUUUAGGAAAGUUGAUGUGAACCGGGUCCGGGCCGGGGAGUGUAGGAUUAGGGAGCUGAGGUUGCCUGCAUUGGAUUUUCGAAAUGCUCCUUUGAGAAUUUUGCAGUACAUUCUCCUUAUGACUGAUGAUAUCUUCUAUUUAGCAUGAACUGUGAAAUCGGUAUGUGUUUUUACUUGCUGAUGAUUUGUAGUUGGUAUAUAAUAUGUACUGAGAUCAUAGUGAAUCGUAUAAAUUAUCUAUGGAACUUGUUUUGCCAAUGUAUGUUGAUUGUUGCCGGAAUUUGAAUAUGUCGGUGUUUUUGAAUAUAUUGCAUUACAUUGAUGAUAUUAACUUAUUG